AUGGCAGAUGUCUGGACCACGCUCAUCACCAACACAGCGUAUCUGUCCGGCCUUCUGACGCUGGACUACUCGCUUAAAAAGGUCAAAUCCGCCUAUCCCCUUGUGGCGCUGUACACGGACACCUUCCCGGCAGAAGGUCUCGCGGCGCUCGCAUCCCGGGGCAUACCCGCGCAGCACAUCCGGUAUUUGCUGCCGACCAAGUCGCACAAGGACUACAGCAGCGAUCCGCGCUUCUAUGACUGCUGGAGCAAGCUGACGCCCUUCAGCCUGACCCAGUAUGACCGCGUGGUGCAGCUGGACUCAGACAUGCUGGCCCUGCGCAACAUGGACGAGCUGAUGGAGCUGGAGCUCGACGCCCCGGCCGCCGCGGCGCAGGGAGGCCCCGACAGCAAGCGCGUCUUCGCCGCCGGCCACGCCUGCGUCUGCAACCCGCUCAAGAAGCCGCACUACCCCAAGGACUGGAUCCCGGCGCACUGCGCCUUCACGCACCAGCACCCGGACCCGGACCGCGCGCAGACCGAGGGCGCCGACCCGGCCGUCGGCCCGCUGGGCUUUAUGAACGGCGGCCUGCAGGUCGUCAACCCCAGCGCCGAGGUCUUCCAGCAGAUUGUCGACUACAUGGACGGCAACGCGGCGAGCAUGGACUUUGCCGACCAGAGCCUGCUGUCGACGCUGUUCCGCGGGCGCUGGGUCCCGCUGCCGUACGUGUACAAUGCUCUCAAGACACUGCGCUGGGAGAAUGUUCAUGCGCCCAUCUGGAGAGAUUCUGAGGUCAAGAAUAUCCAUUACAUUCUGACUCCGAAUCCGUGGGACGAGCUGGAUGCGGAGGGUAACAGCACGAGUAAAGAUGAGACGCACCGGUGGUGGGCUGACGUCAACAAGGAGAGGAAGCUGAGUGAGAGGACACAGGGGCUACCUGAUGACGGUUUUUGA